AAAAAAUCUGGUGCAAUCCCUUCCAGAUCAUUUAUUAAGACUAGAAGGCCGUGUGAUAAUUAUGUUAACUUUGAUGAUUACACAGAGCAAAAUUUUACAAAAGCGACAGAGGUUACUUUGCGUGUUGAAAUAAAUAAGGAUAUUUCAUUAUAUGAUGAGCCUGUGGUGAAUAAAGAAAAAAAUUCAGAUUGUUUUUACAAAAUUGGAAGAACAAAAAACAUAAAGUAUCAUUUAGAACAAUGGCAAAAGAAGUACAACUACAAAGUGGAAUUAGUAAAAGCUCUACCCGAAAGCAAAAAAUGUAAAUAUACUCAUUGCAUGGAAAGACUAAUAUAUUUAGAAUUAGAA